CGCAGGUGCAGAAUAAUCUCGCCAUUACUCAAAGCUUUGCUGCGAAACAGUUGGCAACCGCGCCAACUGCGGCGACCGUCGCUGCUGUCGCAAAGAAGAAGCCUGUAGCUGUUCCCGCCGGUGGAGCAGUAGGAAAAGGUGGCGUGAAACCGGCCAACAAGAAGGCUCCCACUGUUAAGCCUAAGCCCGAAAUUCACGCGGCCAACAAGAAGGCUCCCACUGUUAGGCCUAAGCCCGAAAUUCACGCGGCCAACAAGAAGGCUCCCACUGUUAAGCCUAAGCCCGAAAUUCACGCGGCCAACAAGAAGGCUCCCACUGUUAAGCCUAAGCCCAAAAACGUUAUCGAGAUCAGCGACGACAAGAACGAGGCGACGAAGCAGGUGUCGUCGACGACAACAACAGCAGCAGCAGCAGCAGUAGCAGCUAAUGCCGGUUCUCGCGGCAAACCUUCUCGAAAGAAAGUCCACACUUUCACUUACUUGAUCGCCGCCCGCAGCAAGGAUGCUUGCGGAUUAACUGGGAAACCGAAAGAGUUGGUACAAGACAUCGAUGCGUCUGACGCCGAUGACCAGUUGGCUGUUGUGGAUUACGUCGAGGACAUUUACCUGUUCUACAAACUUGCUGAGCAUAAGAGCCGACCCCACGACUACAUAGACUCUCAGGUAGAGAUCAAUGCGAAGAUGAGGGCCAUCCUCGCCGACUGGAUAAUCGAAGUGCACCACAAGUUCGACCUCAGGCCCGAGACCCUCUACCUCACGUUUUACGUCAUCGAUCGAUACCUCUCGAUGGAGAUGGUGCCGAGGAGGGAGUUGCAGCUUGUGGGUGUCGUUGCCUUGCUUAUCGCUUGCAAGUACGAGGAAAUAUGGGCUCCCGAGGUCAAUGAUUUCAUUUGCAUAUCAGAUAGGGCAUACACCAGGUAGCAGAUACUGGGGAUGGAGAAAACAAUUCUGAACAAGCUGGAAUGGAACUUGACUGUUCCGACGCCAUAUGUGUUUCUCCUCAGAUUUCUGAAGGCUGCAGCCAGUGAUAAGGAGAUGGAACAUAUGGUCUUCUUCUUCGCCGAACUGGGCUUGGUUCAAUACCCGGUGGUAAUGUAUUGUCCAUCGAUGGUCGCUGCUUCCGCAGUCUACGCAGCCCGCUGCACGCUGAAGAAGCAGCCUUUCUGGACCAACACGCUGCAGCACCACACUGGCUUCUCCAAGCAGCAGUUGUUGGACUGUAGUAAGAUCCUGGUGAACGCGCACGCAACCGCAACGGAAUGCAAGCAAAAGGUCGUGUACAAGAAGUACUCCCACGAGCAAUUCGCAGCCGUGGCUCUGCAUCCUGCGGCGACGAAAAUUAUGGAGGAGGAGUGAUCGUGGGUUGUUUUCUGUCCUUUUGUUCUUUUGUUUUCUGUUCUUUUGUUCUUUUGUUCUUUUGUUUGUUUCACCGUGCUUUCGAGUCUACAAGAGAAUCAAUCAUCUCAGUGAUGAUGAAUAGGAAUUAAGUGUUCUGUUUCCCAGGUGUUCAUACUCUAUUCCCAGGAGUAUGGUGUAUCCUACAGUUUAGUGCUUUCAGAUCAUGUUCAAUGUAGACUUUCUUCAUGUGGAUCAAUGACAAGUACAAAGAUGCUAAUUGAAAAGAGUAUAGAGAUGAUAAGUAUGAAUUCUCGUAUUGCUUUUCUAAUUUUGUCCGCCUUACUCGUGAUUGAAAGCUAAGACUGCUAGUCUACAAAAACAGGAAGAUAUAGAGUUAUUUUAAUUGAAAUUAUUUAGGGACUUCUGUCUUCAAUUACA